AUGAACACCCCCAAUCGGAUCCAUCGACUUCCUCAGAACGGUAACCCACAACUGCCUACAAAUUCAAAUUCUCAAUCUCUCUCGAAUCAGAAUCGACGUCAAGUCAUCGCAGCGAACCCCUCUCAGACCCAAACUCAACGACCCAAACUUUCACCACCUCCCAAAGAAUGUCCGCCCCAAUCAACUAAGUCUUCCGAACCCUCGUUCAAAUGGACUAACCCGGAUCCUUUUAAUACUGAAGGUAAAAACCAUUCGACACGUCGGACUCUUGCUUCUCCCGCGCGCUUCUACUCUGACAUCGACAGCGUCGCUCCUGAUUCACUGGCACCCUUCAACUUCGAUCUCGACACCGGCAUUGACAGCGUUGCUCCUGAUUUACUAGCACCCCUGGACUUGCACUCCGGCACUGACAGCGUUUCUCCUGAUUCACCGGCACCCUCCGAUUCUGACAUCAACGCCAAUGCUAAUGCGCCAGAGGUGUCAAUAAAGCAGCGUAUCUACAAUGCCAUACGCGCCUUUGGGAUUGAGAUCAAAUCACGAAUGAGAUUGGAAAGUAAAUCGAAAAGGGAGGAGAGGAAAGCACGAGAGGAACUAAGACGCAAGAGCAUAGCAAAUGGUGCCGCAAGAGCGAAGGCCGAAGAUGCGAAGAUGAGGGCCAAAUUGGAUGUGCACUAUGACGAGGAACGGAGAAAAAACAGCAAUGCGCGAAGGAAAGCAAAGGAGAGAGAGAUAGAAAUGAAGGCAAAAGAAAAACGUCGGAAGGCCCAGGAAAAGAAGCAAAAUGACCGGGAGAAGAGAGAGCGCAGGGAGGAAAAAGAGUGGGGGAAAAUGUGA